AUGCCUUCGCCUCCGACCAACUCCCUCCUCAACCUCCUCAACCCAUACGGGUCGCAGCUCCCAGAGCGUGCAGACCGGCACGACGACACUGACGAGCGAGAUAACGAUAACGACCCUGACUCGCCCUCAAACCUGCUCCUGGCUGAGCUGCAGGCUUCGUCAUCGGGCCCAUCGCCGCGACGCACCCCGCGUCCGCCACCAGCCAUCCGCGAACCGUCGGGAUCGAGGCCGUCAACUGCUGCUGCUAUGGCCGACGCGAUCGGCUCCAGCAGCGACGAGGAACCACCGCGCUCGGUUGUGUACGGUGCAGGGUCGCCGGCCAAGCCGGUCGGCCUGGCCGUUGCGGCUGGUCUGAAGCCCGGGCCGCGACGAUGGGCCGACAAGUCGCGUUCACCUGGCCCGUUCAGACGGCAGCCGGACUCGGCCUCCACGUCGCCGUCGCACUCACCAACGCACUCACGACCAUCCUCACCGCCGCACUCGACAUCAACCGAGGACUCGCCGCUUGACGACGACACGCCUACCGCGGGCCGCUUCACGGGCUACAAUGACCCGCCAGAGCAACCGUUAAUCUCGGCACCUCGGUCCGGGGGACGGACGAAGCGUGGUCAGCAUGUGUACCACAGCGUCACGGCCAACCCGGAACCAGAACGGCGGAGAACAGUCACACACGUCGGCAAGCGAGGGCUGAGCGGGCAUGAGAAGGCGCUGUGGAAGUGGACGAACGUCGACGACCUCGAUCAGUUUCUCCACGAGGUGUAUCUGUACUACGAGGGCAAAGGCUUCUGGUGUAUCGCGCUGUCUGAGGUGUUGGGUCUUCUUACGACUUUCUUUGUCUUGGGCUUCUCGACCUUCCUCGUCUCUUGCAUCGAUUACUCGCGCCUCGGCCGGUUUGCGCACACGACGGGGCGGCUCGACGACGUGCUCAUUCCGCAGUGCAUUACACGGAAGACGGUGACGCAUAUUCUCUUCCUCGUCGUCAUCGCUGCUUUCCUCGUGAUCAAGCUGAUUGGCUUUGUCGCGCGCGUGCCCCGUCUCAUCGACAUGUACCGAUUCUACACAUAUCUGCUGAAGAUUGAGGACACGUUACCCUGGCCCGAGAUCGUGAAGCGUAUCGGCGAGAUUCGAAACGAGAACCCGCUCACGUCAUUGGGCAACGGCGGCGGAACGGCGCUGCAAGACUUCCUCGGCAACGAGCGUGUCAGCAAGGUCAAGCUCGACGCACACGACAUUGCGAACCGCAUUCUCCGGCGCGAGAACUACUUCAUCGCGCUGUUCAACAAGGAUGUGCUCGACUUGCGUGCACGCCUGCCCAUUCCGAAGCGGCUGGUGCACCUCAUUCCCCCGUCGCUGAUCACGCGACAGUCAGAGCUGCCCCGACAGGCGGGCGACGAGCAUGAACGCUUCUACCUGACCUUCGGCGGGAACGUGCUGACUCGCGCACUGGAGCAGAACUUGCGUUUCGUAAUCGUCUCGUACUUCUUCGACGCCCACGGCCGCGUCAAGCCAGAGAUGGUACAGGGCCGUGGCCGUAAAGACCUCGUCGGCCAGCUGCGCCGCCGUUUCCAGCAGAUGGGCGUCAUCAACGCGCUCUGUGCCCCGUUCAUCGUCGUCUAUGUGCUUGUCUACUCCUUCUUCCGCUACUUCCAGGAACUGAAGGAGCAUCCCGCGACGCUGGGAGGGAGGCAGUAUACGCUGUUCGCGCGGUACAAGUUCCGCGAGUUCAACGAGCUCCCACACCUCCUGAAUCGGAGGCUGGACGAGGGCUAUGAGGUCGCAAAGGAGUACAUUGACCAGUUCCCGAAACAGCGCACAGCGCUCGUCAUGAAGUUCGUCGCGUUCGUCGCUGGCUCGUUUGCCGCCGUCCUCAUCGCGGCAGGCAUGGUGCACCCCGAGCUCCUGUCCAAUUUUGAGCUCAGCCCACACCGCACGCUCCUGUGGUACCUCGGAGUGUUCGGAGUGAUUCUCGCGGUAGCCCGCGGCAUGAUUCCGCCCGACAACCACGCCUUCGACCCAGCCCGACACAUGCAGGAGGUAAUCCACUACACGCACUACUGCCCCGACAGCUGGCGGGGCCAGCUCCACAGCCAAGUCGUACUAGCCCAAUUCGGCGUGCUGUUCCAACUGAAGCUCAUGGUGUUCGCGCAGGAGCUCCUCGGCGUGCUCCUGACGCCGUUCAUCCUGCUCUUCUCGCUCCCGCAGUGCGCCGAGGCGCUCAUCGACUUCUUCCGCGAGAACUCGAUCCACGUCGAGGACCUCGGGUAUGUGUGCUCGUUCGCCGUGUUCGACUUCAAGCGCGACGGCAACGUUGGCGCGCCCUCUGCCGGCCAUGCGGGCCAGGCGGAACAUGUCCCGCCCGAGCGUCCAUUGAGCCGGAACAGGAAGGGCCGGCGGACCUUCACAGACGCCAAGAUGGAGCAGUCGGUGCUGCACUUCAAGCACGCGCAUCCAGACUGGCAGCCGAUGGAUCCGGGCGCGUCCCUCUUCCUCGACCGCGCCAUGGCGAAUGAGCCCCGGAGUGCAGCUCCAGGCGGGGCAGGCGGGGCACUCGGCAUAUCCGGCGUCUCGGGGCUGAGCAUGGGCGGCCGGUCCCCCGACAGCAAGUUCCACCACCACAGCAGCCUGGCGCCGAUUCCGGGCGAGGUGGGCGAGGAGGACGAGAGCGACGGCGAGGCAGAGCAGAUGGGGUGGAACCGCCAGGUCGACGUUUCCGACUCGGCGGGCAAGGAUCCGGGUCUCCUCCGCGAUGCGGGCGUCAUUCUGCGCCAGGUCCGGGACCAGUUCUGA